CGUCAUGACGCACGGUGCGUCCACUGCGGAUGUAAACACUGCUCAAUUCACGUGGAGGGAAACAUCUGCCAUGGCACCCAAGAUGGAGCGUUUUGUCAGCCCGGGAAAAGGUAACGGAGUGCGGGCUACAGCCAGGAUCAGAAGAGGAGAGCUGGUGUACUCAGCCGAUCCACUGGCGAGCUGUGUGUCCAACAAACAGGCCAGAGAAGUCUGCCAUCGCUGCUUUACACGACGUGAGACCUUGUUGAGAUGCUCUCAAUGCAAGACGGCUCGCUACUGCAACACCUCCUGCCAGAAACAAGCGUGGUCCAGCCAUAAGAGAGAGUGCAAGUGCCUGCGAAGCCUCCUGCCGAGAAUUCCCACUGACUCUGUCCGUUUGGCUGCAAGGAUCGUUUUUACCUCGUUAAAUCCGUCUCCGAGCAGUAGUGAGGAGCUCUACCCUUUGGAGGAACAUGAAUCACACCUGAGCUCCAUGUCUGAGCACAAGAAACAAGGUCUGUCUCAGCUGGCGUCCAUGUUGGAGCUCUACCUGCAACCAGAAGUACUUCACCUGACGCAGGAAACUAUAUCAGCACUGCCUCCUUCCUGCCAAGAGCCCCUCAGCCUUAUUGCAAAGGUGACAUGUAAUUGUUUCACCAUCAGUGACGGAGAGCUGCAGGAGGUUGGAGUUGGGCUGUAUCCUAGCUUAUCUCUGCUAAACCAUAACUGUAGGCCAAACUGUGUGAUGGUGUUUGAGGGGACGAAUCUGCGGCUCAGAGCUGUUCAGGAUAUCGACGCUGGAGAAGAGCUAACUAUAAGUUACAUCGAGACGUUAACGUCGACUGACAAUCGACAGAAACAGCUGGAAGAGCAAUACCAUUUUAUCUGCCACUGCCAGCGCUGUGACUCUCAGGACAAAGAUGGACUCAUGUUGUCAGGGAAGGAAUCAGCAUGGCGGCUGCUGAAGGAGGCUCUUCCUGAACUAGAAAAACUGAAAGUAGAGUCGAAUUGGGAAGCUCUGCUGCAGAGCUGUACUCAUCUAUUAACAACAGCUGGAGGUGACGUGCCUGAUGAAAAUCUGUAUAAGCUCAGACUGACAGACAUGGCUUUAGACGCCUCCGUUCAGCUGGGACUCUGGGAGGAGGCUCUGAGAUAUGGCCAAAAAACACUUCCUGUUUACAGACAAUACUACCCUGAUCCUCACCCGGUGCACGGAGUCCAGCUGAUGAGGGUUGGAAAGCUGCAACAUUACCUGGAACAUCUUCAAGAAGCUCAGGACACAUUCAAACAGGCCUUUCAAAUCAUAAAGAUCACCCAUGGUGACAGUCACCCCCUGACCACAGAUUUAUCCAUGAAGAUGGAGGAGUGUCGCGCUGAGAUGGCUCAAAGAUCGUCUAGUGGUCACUGACUCUAAGCAACACAAAUGUCUGACCAAUGAUACAUAACUCAGUAUUCAUGUUGUCAUUGUAUUUUGAUUCCCUAUGAUGAUUUUUUUUUAAAGAACUGUAGUAUAAACAGAAAUGGAGAACGAUAAAUUCUAACUGCUGUAAUAUUUUUCAGAAGUGCAUCAAUUCACAUCUUUUCAGUCUCUGGAUUUAAGUUUUUUAGGAAUUGUCUUGAAAGAAAAAAGCUAAAAUGUCUGUAUGACAUCUGUAUUUACAGCAUUGUGUUUUCUUUGGAGAACCUUUUAAAAUAAGAUUUUUUUAAAUCCAAUUAAACACAAAAUCUUCACCUAUUCAUAUU